UGUUGACUAACGAUAAACGAAUUUACGGCUGGGUGGUGUCAAUUCAGAGGCAUUCACCACAUGUAUUUUUUAUUUUUAGUAAUUUUAUAAGUGUUGUUUUUAAUUGAGUAAACAUGUGGGCCCACGGGCGCUCGACUGUUGGAGGUUUUCUCAUUGUUUUCGCCGCGUUUUUCGCAAAUUCUCGAGGGCAAAACAGCUACAACCCCUACUUCAACACCUACAACUACAACAGUCGCCCCAUUCCCCAGAACUACACCGCGACGUGGUGCACAGUCUCUAAAGCUGAGCAAGACAAGUGCACAGCCAUGUCCCGCGCAGUGGACCGCGAAAAGCAAUUUUUCGACACCGACUACGUCUCCCUAAAGUGCCAGCAGGCCUUCGACAAGGAGGAAUGCAUGGACCUCCUUGACAAGGAGACAGCCCACCUGACGACCCUCGACGCGGGCGAGGUGUUCGUGGCGGGUAGAUACCACAGUCUCCUCCCCAUAGCCCAAGAGCUCGACGCGAUCGGUCUCAAGCACCAAUACGCGGUAGCGGUCCUGAAAAAGGACUCCCUCCCAGACGUCAACAGCCUCCGCGAUCUCCGCGGCAAGAAGGCUUGCUUCGCGGGGGUGGGAACCCUAGCCGGCUGGGUGACCCCCGUCUACACCCUAAUGCGCGAGGGUGGUCUCGAGAUAGUCGACUGCAACAAUCACGUCAAAUCGACGACCAAAUUCUUCGGCCCAAGCUGCGCCGUCAACUCCCUCAUAGAUCGCUACAAUCCCCUGGGCGACAAUUCCGAUCAGCUCUGUCGUCUCUGCGUCGGGGAAAUUCCCAGUGGCAGGUGCACCAAUGCCGACCCUUACGCGGGUUACGAGGGGGCCUUCAGGUGCCUCGUCGAAGCCGGCGAAAUCGCCUUUCUGCUUCACACAACCGUCCACGAAAUGACCUCCACCAACUUUGACUUCACGUCUGUCAGCAAGGAUCAGUUUGAGUUGCUGUGCAGAGACGGAUCGCGAAAGCCCGUCGACAGUUACAACGACUGCAAUUGGGGGAGCGUUCCGUCACGCGCUGUCGUCGUGUCUUCCGCGAUCAAUCUCGAUGUGAGAAGGGUCUACCAGAAGUUCUUGAAGAAGGCUGUUGAGAUCUUCAACAUGGGGAAUGGGACGUCUGGGAGUGGCUACAAUCCCUCGAGGGAGGGCAAGUCCGAUAAUUCGGUGGGGUAUGGUGGCGGCAGAUUCGAUAGCGACGGUAGGGAGAGGUCUGACUUGACUUCUCCGGACAACAACCGGCCUAACGCGUGGGACCCCAACGCCUACAAUUCACCCGCGAGAUUUGGGAACGCGCGGCUCGAUGGGGAGGGGACUUAUAAUGCCACUGAUCCGCUGGCUGUGCAGCCGCUCGAGGUGUUCAGUCUGUUUGAGUCGGCGCCCAAGUAUGGGCUGCAGCACAAUCUCAUGUUCUCGGACUCGGCUAGGGGCUUUGCGCCGCUCGUCGAGAAGGACCAGAAGUACUCGGAGUAUCUGGGAAGGGCGCAGAACGCUAUUCUCGGGGUGAGGGAGUGCACCGUCAAUCGGAUGACACUUUGCGUCACUUCGGAACCGGAACUGGAGAAGUGCUUCAAGAUGAUGAUUGCGCUGAAGGCGCAGCUGCUGAAGCCGGAACUCAUUUGCUACAAAGGGUACAGCCACAUUUCGUGCAUGCAGGCCAUUCAAAAUGGCCAAGCGGACAUAGCAAUCCUCGACUCGAGCGACGUGUACACCGCAGGUUUGCGCUUCGACCUGAUUCCCUUCAUCGCGGAGGUCUACAACCUCCCGACCCCGGAGUACUACGUGGUAGCAGUAGCCAAGGAGAACGACCCAACCACCGACCUGACGUACUUGAAGAAUAAGUACACCUGUCACACAGGCAUCAACACCGCAGCCGGCUGGGUGUACCCACUAGCCUAUCUCCUCUCUAACGGCUGGAUCCGUGGCUACGGCUGUGACGCAGUGCGCGCAGCAGCCGAGUACUUCACCAAGUCCUGUGUCCCAGGGGCUUUGAGCUUGGAAUACAACAUCGGCGUCCCCUACGACAACAUGUGCGAUCUCUGUCACGGGGUGAGCUACAGAUACUGCCGUCGUGACGCCACGGAGGAUUACUACGGCUACACCGGUGCCCUCAGGUGUCUGGUGGAGGGCGGUGGUGACGUGGCCUUCAUCAAGCACACAACUGUGUCAGAGACGACUGACGGAAAGCGAAAGGAGACUUGGGCGAGGAACGCCUUCACCAAAGACUUUGAGCUGCUGUGCCCCGAUGGGACGAGAAAACCGACGACUGAGUACGAGCGCUGCAAUCUGGGAAUGGUGAAGGCCAAUGCCAUUGUCACACGUGGAGGCUACGACGGGUACAAUGACACCCAGAUCACCGCCUUCACGAAUCUCUUCAUCUACGCGCAGCAGUUCUACGGGAGGAAGGAGGUCGACGAGUUCAGCUUCUCCAUGUUCUACAGCACUCCACCUUACAGCGAUCUUAUAUUCCAGGACGCCACGCAGCAGCUUGUCAUCAUUCCACCGGAUCAGAGGGAGUACAGCAAGUGGCUGGGGCCCGACUUCAUGAGGGCCCGGAGGAUUGUCGACUGCAAUGCUGGAGCCUCCGCCAUCACGUAUUCACUGGUCGCGUCGUUGACUACUCUCCUCUUGGCGGUUUUCUUGGGGUGAUAAGGGGAGGGGGAGUUUUGUAUUUUUUUAGUCGUUUUAAGGCAUUCGGACAUUAUUUCGAUGAUGUGGAGCUGGAGGGAAGUUGACGAGAGGGAUUGGGGGAGAGUUAUGGAUUGUGGAAGGGCUUUACACAGAUCUGAAGAAAUUUAAUGCAUAUUUUUUUUAUACUAGCUGUAAACUAUGGUACAAAUGUAAUCAUUUUGGGAGGCAAUUCGAUCUGUAACAUAUUCCGUCCACUCAUUUAGUUAUUAGGGUAUUGAGAAAAUGUAAUAUUUAUGAGGUAAUCCGUCCAUGAGAUUUUUAAAUACAUUUUUGAAAUUUUUAUGAAA